UCAUGACGAAUACCAGAAGACAGUCGAUUGGCUGAUGUCUCAAACGAAGCACCGCCCCCAGGUGGCGAUUAUUUGUGGCUCUGGACUGGGCACGCUCGCUGACACCCUCAAAUGUCAAGUCUCUUUCGCUUACUCUGACAUACCAGGCUUCCCUCAGAGCACAGUGCAGGGCCAUGCAGGCCGGCUGGUUUUCGGCGAGCUGAAGGGGAAGUCAUGCGUGUGCAUGCAGGGUCGCUUCCACAUGUAUGAAGGACACUCACUGCUAAAGACCACGUUUCCAGUUCGAGUCUUCAAGCUGAUGGGAGUGGAGACUUUGAUUGUGACGAAUGCUGCCGGCUCAUUGGCUGACGGCCUCCAGCCUGGUGACAUCAUGAUCAUUAAAGACCACAUCAACUUCCCCGGGCUGGCUGGACUGAACCCUCUAUGUGGACCCAAUGAUGAAAAGUUUGGGCCACGCUUCCCUGCCAUGUCUGGUUGCUAUGACAAAGGGUUGCGUUGCCUUGCAAUGGAGAUUGCCAAGCAGAUGGGCGUUGCUGGGCUUAUGCAGGAGGGUGUGUAUGCAAUGGUAGGAGGACCUAACUUUGAAACCAUCGCAGAGGCCAAACUGAUGCAUCGACUGGGGGUGGAUGCAGUCGGUAUGAGUACGGCUCCUGAAGUCAUUGUGGCAACUCACUGUGGUCUGAGAGUAUUUGGUCUCUCUCUGAUCACAAAUAAGGUGGUAAAGAGUUACGAGGACUCUGACAGUGUAAACCACGAUGGUGUCCUGGAGAUUGGGCGUUUGCGUUCUCAAACUGUGCAGCAGCUGGUGACUGAACUGAUCAACAGGAUGGAGAUCAAUAACAAUGAAAACACAAAAAAUACUUUCUGAAAACAUACACAUACACAUACAGUACACACACACAUUCACGCACAUAUGAUAUACCAAGUUGACAGUUUUUUCCUCACAUUUUGCUUUAUAUUGUUUUUUUCUGUAAUAGAAAGUUUAUUUAUAUCAAUACGGUGCUUAAAAAUUGUCCAUCAGGGUAAAUCAGAAUGUAUUUGUUUCUAAUUUGUUUCUAACCGGAAUUUCAUCAUCUGUAAUGUAAUUGUCAAGUAUUUCUGUUUUUCUAUUUGUGUUUGAUUGUUGUACAGCACCUUCUGCCUAUCAACUCUUCCUAUAUUAUUGAUUAUUGUACAGCACCUUGUGAAUUUCAUUUCUGUGAAAGGCGCUUCAUAAAUAAAAUUGUACUUACUUACUUUUUUACUUACUUCUAAUAUAAAUCCUAAUUUUUAUAUAACAAUAACAGUUUUUUUGUGUUUGUUUUUUUUUUUUUUUUUUUUUUUUUUUUUUUUUUUGAUGAUGAUGCUUCAAUACAAAAAUGUUGGGCAAAUGUGUACAUUGAUCUUGUGGAACAAUUGAUUUAUAUUUUGUAAAAAUAUUUCACUAAUUCACUGAUCUGAUGAAAAUAUUAUGCAAACAAUCUGCUUCCUGUUCUGUUUAACUUAGAACGACUCGCUUUUAUUUUUUAUCUUUUCUCCUAAACUGGUGAUUUGAGCAGAGGAAGAAGAGGAUUUAUGAGAACAGAGAAAAGGCAAACGUUAAUAAAAAGAGUAAAACAGUUCA